AUGGCUCCCAGCAGAAACAACAAUCAUAAUAGUAGUAAUCGCAAUGGCGAGAGCGUAGGCCGCACCGCCAGCAUUCUCGCCUCUGCCUACUGCGUCGACGCCUCUGCUCGCCUCACGGGCUUCCACUACUCCACUACCGGGGCCGGCGGGGCACUUCCCCCUCUCGCAGCCCUGACGUCUGCCAACGAGCUCGCGCUCAUCUCCGAGCCCAGCAACUCUGGCACCAAGAAGCGCGAAUCCGAUGGCAGGAAGAGGAGCAGUAGAGGGGGGGCAGCGUACCACAUCCGGGAAGAGUGUGAGAGACUCUUCUGCGAGACCAUGAAAGCCGUAUUCCUUGGUGAAGAAGGAAAGGCGGCGCAUAAUGGCUCUAUCGUGAUGGGUACGAACGCGCAUUCACCUCCUGACGAAAGUGUGGGUGCGUACGACAACAAUUACUUUGCCAAUGGCAAAGGAGGACAGGCUAUGGAUGCUUGGCUUGAGGUCUGGGACUACUCUAGUGGUUGCAGCUUCCGGGUAUUCGUGGGUGGAAAUGGAGAGAACAAGUCGCUAUUUGCAUUCUUUGAUUCUGCGGUCGUUGGAUCCGAUUUGAAACAAGGGCUCAUGGCUCUCAUCGAACUCGCCGAAACGGUCUUCGCCGUCUCUCAGGUAGUCAUCUGCCUCGAUCGAUCCGUGCAAGAGACCGAACGCAAAUCUUUCAUGAAAAGUCUUCGAUGGGUCGGAUUCGAGUUGAUUACAUUGGACCUGUGGGCGAACGAUAUCGAUGUCACAAGUGACAAAUGGCUUUUCUUAGGCAUGGAAAUAUGAUUCUCACAAUGGAAAGGCGCUGGCGUACCGGUUUCAUAAGUACAUACUCUCAUUAGGUCAAGCAUGGUCAAGCAUUGCCUGGGUUCGCGGCGGAUUCUGAUUCAUUUUCAUAGCGGGGUGCCUGCUGUACGUAUGGAUUUUCCCUGUUUGUAAUCAAAACGGCCGCACAUAGCGAAUUGAUCUCACUCCCUCGGGUUGCCUUUCACACUCGCAGAAGCCGAGUCCGAUGAAUUUCAAGUAGUUCAGAGGAUGACAAGGGUCUGUCACGUGAUUCGUUCACUUCCUCUGAACUUGAAAAUCUUGUGAGACAUUGAGAGCUGAACAUUCAUCCGUCUUUUAUAGAAUCCAGUCCGUCGAUCCC